AUGGCAAUGUACAGCGCCAUGCCCUCGUUUGACGAGGACACGGGGUCGUUUGAGGGCAUCGAUGCCCCGGCUACCCCGGCCACGCACAAUGCCUCCAACACGGGCAUCGACAUCGACGCCUGGACAAUAGCCGCACUCCAGUCGCUCAAUGUGUCCCCCAUGGGCCGAGGCAUCGGCUCGCCGCUAGCCAUCCCGCUCGACGAGGCAAUGGCACGCAAGCGCGACAGAGAUACAACACCCAAGGCUGUCAAGUUUGACGGCCGAUCUGCUUCGCCGCCAUCCCCGCCCCAACGGCCCCGAUCUAGUCGCGAUAGUCUCGCUAAGAGAGAGGCGCUGCUCAAGGGCAAAGAGGGCAGCAGACAGCGCCGGCGCUGGGAUAACGACCACCUCGUUGGCGUCCCCAACGCUCAGCCGCCACAACCUACAGACUGGCAUGUCCAGCCAACACACCCCGUCCGUCGCAUGCCGUACCAGGUCGCACAGUACUGGGAGCGCGGAGUCCGCCAACAAGUCCAGGACAAGACGUCGCGACUACAAGCCACACGCAAGAAGCAGCAGUUGCAGUCUGGCAGCGCCACUGGCCUCGGUGUAGGCGAAGUCCCGCGCGAUCUUAGAGAGUACGCCAAGCGCUCACCACUGGUUAAGAACUGGGUGCGAACGUUGGAAGAGCCAGUUCGGGACUUUUUGCACGGCGAGGGCUCGAGGGCCGCGGAGAAGGAGAGACAAGAGGUUGCGGCUGCAGAGGAGGAGCUGGACUCUGACGAGGAGGAGAUUGUCUUUGCAGGCCGUCAGGGCGCUUUGAAGGAACUGCAGGAGAAGAAGGAUCGCUGGCGACUAGCGCAUCGCGAGAUUGCCCAGCAGACAGUUGAUUCUGGCAUGGUGUUUGAUUCGUUUGGCGACGAUGAAAGCGCUGCUUACAAGCGCUGGUUGACGCAUUCGAUAUCAGACUACUACGGACUCGAGUCUCGGUCGGUCACUAUUGCAAAUACGUCCCGCAAGGUGGUCUAUGUUGGCUUCAAGAAGGCGAAGCAUGCGCCUAUGCCGCAUUUGAAGGCGCUGCCUAGACCGUUGUGGGAGGCGUGCUGA